AUGAAAAAAACUGGAAAAAAAGAGAUGGGAAAGCAGACGAAAACAAAGCCGACUCAGAAAUCAUCUCCAACCUCGUCUGUACAGACUUUUUUCCAGCAAAACUCUACAACACCUAAUAGAAAAAACGCUACAGAGAUAGAAGACAAAAUGGCGACCGGAGGAAAGAACGACUCACAGAAUAAUUCAGACGCCUUGGACCCACUAACUAAAAAUGACUUGAAAGAACUAAAGGAAGAUUUAUUAAAAUCUCUGUCUUCUAUGGUCACUGAUCUGAUGAAACCUAUGCAAACACACCUAGCGGAGCUAACUACAGACCUGCAAGACACAGCACGGAUAGCUGAAACAACGGCUGAAGCUGUAUUAAGUCUGCAAGAAGAAGUAAAAGCCUUAAGAGCAUCAGAAAAAUUAACAACUAUCAGGCUGACAACACUGGAAAACCGCUGGCGCCAGUACAACCUCAAGUUUCGAGGGAUAGAGGAGGGCGAAGAAGAAAGAACAAACCUCUUGAGCUUCAUGUCAUCGUGGCUUUCCUCGGCCCUGGAUUUGGAGGACGGUGUUGCACCGGUUAUUACAAAAGCAUACAGAUUGGGUCCACUGGCAUCAAUUAGAAAAGGACGACCUCGGGACAUCUUGGCCCAAUUCUUGCACCCAAGAACACGAGAUAAAAUAUUAAAGGAAGCCAGAAUCCACGGCUCUUUGAAAUAUAAAGGAAAAAAGGUACAAGUUCUUCCAGAUCUAUCAGCAGAAACUCUGGAAAAACGGAGAAACCUCAAAGUCGUCGCAUCUACACUUUUUGCUGCAAAGAUUCGAUUUAGAUGGAGUGCAUCAUCUCAGAUACAAACCACCAGCUUGUAUAGCAUUGUUCAACUUUGGAGAGUGCCAUUAGUGUGUUAUCAAAAUAAGAAAUUGGCACUGCAGCUGCAGGAACAACAACGCCAGAAGGAGCUGGAAAGGGAGAGGCUGGAGCGGGAGAGGCUGGAAAGAGAGAGGCUAGAAAAGGAAAGACUGGAGAGAGAGCGAUUUGAAAAACAGGAGCAACUGGAGAGGGACCGGCAAGAACGAGACCGGCAAGAACGAGACCGGCAAGAACGAGACCGGCAAGAACGAGACCGGCAAGAACGAGACCGGCAAGAGCGCCUAGAAAGAGAGCGACAAGAACGGGAAAGACAAGAGCGGGAGAGAUUGGAAUGGGAAAGGCAGGAAAGGGAACACCAAGAACAGCUAGAAAGAGAGCAGCUGGAAUGGGAAAGAGAAAGAAAACUGUCAAGUGCUGCUCCAUCUUACGACAGCUCCCCGUAUAGCACUUCACUUCCUGAAUACUCCAGCUGCCAGCCUCCUUCAGCACCUCCUCCAUCAUAUGCUAAAGCAAUGUCAGACUCUACUCCGGAUUAUGCUGUAGUGACUUCUGCACAGCCAGUUUCUUCCCCCCCUACACCACCUCUAAGGCACUCUGCGUCACGUUUUGCUACAUCGUUGGGUUCCGCCUUCCACCCUGUUCUUCCCCAUUAUGCCACAGUUCCCCGUCCUCUGAACAAAACUUCUCGACCACCCUCACCUGUGAAUCCCCCAGUGUCUCUUACUUCAAGUACCAAGUCCACUACUUGGUCUGCUUCUAGUUUUGCACCCCUUCCCCCAUCUCCUCCUGUAAUGAUUAGCAGCCCUCCUGGUAAAGCUACAGGCCCAAAGCCUGUCUUACCAAUUCCUGUUAGUGCUCACUUAUCCCAAAUGUCACCAUCCCCUACAGCACCCAAUGGGCUUCCAGAAUUGGCAAAUUAUCCAGCUCCUUCACCACCUACCUCAGGUCCAACCCCACCACCACCUUCCUUUCAGCCUCUUUCACUCUCUGGACCUCAAGCUGCUUCUCCAAGCUCCCCUAAUUCCUCGGCUCCCUCAUCCAAGCCUAGUGUUCUCCCUUCUCCCUCUGCAGCUCCCCCUGCCUCUGUUGAGAACUCUCUAAACUCUGUGCUGGGAGACUCCUUUGCUUCUGAGCCAGUCUUGCAGACAGCCUCUCAGCCGAUUGAACCUCCGUCCCAUCAGGGUGUUAUCCAAGGGCCACCUGUACCUCCACCACCUCCACCUCUUCCAGCUGGCCCUGUUCAGUCCCCAUCAGUUGUACCACCUCCCCCAGGGCCACCUCCACCACCACCUCUUCCACCAUCAGGGCCGCCGCCGCCACCACCACCUCCUCCUCCUCCACCACCCCUUCCUAACCAGGUUCCUCUUCCACCUCCUGCCCCUCCUCUGCCUGCCACUGGUUUUUCCAUGGGAUCGAUGUCUGAAGAUUACCGCCCUUUAACAGGACUUGCAGCUGCUCUUGCAGGAGCCAAUCUUAGAAAAGUAUCUCGGAAUGAAGAGUCUCCUAAUCAAAGUGGAGGAACAAGCUCUGCUUCACCUAAAACAGAUACUGGGCGUGGAAAUGGGCCAUUGCCCCUAGGAGGAAGUGGAUUAAUGGAGGAAAUGAGUGCAUUGCUGGCCAGAAGGUCUGCUCCAAUGAAGUUAAGAGAAGGGAGCACAGGGUCUGGCAAAGGAAGUGUGGCUGAAAACUCAAAAGAAAUAGCAGAGUUGAAGAAAAACAAUGAGAGGACGGAUUAA